AUGCAAGAGGCAAUUGGAGCUGAAUAUGGAGAAGGUUUUGAGACAUUUAGACAGGAUGGGCUUUUAAAGGUUGAUGUGGAUUUUUUGAAUGAUAGACUGCAAGAAGGUUUCCUUCAUCGGAUACGCUAUGCCAUGAAACCAGAUGAAGCCUAUGGUCUUGUUUUCUCUUGGGACAAUGUUGUGACGUGCAUUGCCUUAGUCUUGUGGAGAGAAUGGAACACUUGCAUGCAUGCAAAAGAUCUUAGUGCUCAUGGGGAUCAAAGAAAACAGGAUGUUAUCUGGGAUUUUGAAAUAAAAGAAUAUGGACAGUAUUCUGAUUCAAAUGCUGGUAUUUUGGAAAGAGAGAAAGGGAGGAGAGGGGCUGAUACUCGAUCAAUAAAGUUGAAUGUAUGGAAGCAGCUUGCAAUUGAAGAAGGAAAAGAAAUUCCUGAAGAUGACCGUGCUAAAAGACUGAUGCUAUAUGCAGAUGCGGAUCACAUACUGCACAAGGGAUUACUCUGGGAGACAGAAGAUAGUGAAGUGGAUAGAUUGAAGUUACGACUAUCCCAGCUAUAUCAUGAUAAUCUACUUGGGCUUAGAGAACCAAUUGAGGGACUGGAAGAAUGGCUGGAUGCAGUAUCUAGAGUUCACAUACCCUGUGCUGUUGUUUCAUGUCUCGAUCGGAUAAACAUGGUAGGUGCCCUGGAGCGUAUGGGACUCAAAAAGUAUUUCCAGGCUAUUGUGUCCGAGGAAGAUGGCAUGGAGUCAAUAGCCCAUAGAUUCCUUUCUGCAGCUAUGAAGCUAGACCGCAAACCAUCCAAGUGUGUGGUGUUCGAAGAUGACCCCAGGGGCAUAGCUGCUGCCCACAACUGUACUAUGAUGGCAGUAGCAUUAAUUGGUGCACAUCCUGCGUAUGAUCUGGUGCAGGCUGAUCUGGCAGUUGCUAGCUUCAAUGAGCUUUCAGUGAUCAACCUCCGGAGAUUAUUUGCUAACAAGGGCUCUACUUUUAUGGAUCGGCAAAAGGAGAUUGCAGAGAAAUCUCCUCCCAAAAGAAAGCUAACUGUUGAUACAUUAUACUAA